CUCAGAGCGAUUGCCAUGACUCGAUUUUUUUGGACACUGUAAUUUCAAUUAAAAUAUAUAUAUACAUAGACUAUAUAUAUAUAUAUACAUAAGAACUAUGUUCUCUAAGGCUCUGAAACAAACAGCCUUGCACUUUGGGUACAGAUCAAGAAGAGCCUGGUGGUCAGUACACUCCCGAAGAAUGGUAUCUACAAGUACAGUCCAGCAUGCAGUGAAGGCGGCUUAUUAUCGCGGUGGCACCUCGCGCGCCCUUAUCUUCCAAGUCCAAGAUCUGCCGGCUGACGACGCGACCCGUAAGGAGCUCUUCCUCCAGGCGAUGGGAUCCCGGGACCCGCACGCUCGACAGCUCAACGGCAUGGGCGCGGGCGUGUCCAGCCUGUCGAAAAUCUGCAUCGUGAAGUCAACGCCGGGGGCUGAAUGCCACGUGGACUACACGUUUGUAGGGAUGGGCAUCGAGGGCGACGAAGCGGACUACAUGGGCAACUGCGGAAACAUGAGCAGCGCGAUUGGGCCGUACGCGUUCAACGAGCGGCUUUUGGGGCUAGAGGAUCAAGAGUAUCUGAGGGAUGGGCACGUCACCGUGCGCAUCCGCAACACGAACACGGGCGUCAUCAUAUGCAGCACGUUCCGAGUUGAGGGCGGCCAGGCUCGCGUUGAUAGCGACACGGAGAUUGACGGCGUCUCCGGGCUUGGCACCGGCGUCAUGCUCGACUUCCUGAAGCCUGGUGGCUCGAAGACGGGGAAGCUACUGCCAACGGGUAAUGUGGUUGAUGUGAUCGAUGGCGUGGAAGUUAGCUGCGUGGACUCUGCGAAUCCGAACGUUUUCGUGCGCGCGACUGACGUGGGCAUCGAGCCAACAAUCCUGCCUGCGGCACUUACGGAGCUGAAGGAUAAGCGCCAGAUGUUGGAGCGGAUCAGGGAAAGGGCUGCCGUAAUGAUGGGGCUGUGCGAUGAGGGCGACGUGCCACCUCGCGUGAUCCCCAAAAUUGCCAUCGUGCACCCUCCGACGCAAUCUACGACCUUGUCUGGCAAGGUGGUGCCAGCGCAUGAAUUGGACUUGGUUGUGCGGUUCAUAUCAGACACGCUGCCGCAUCGGGCCAUUCCCUUAACAGGAGCGCUGUGCACGGCAACAGCGGCGAAAGUGAAAGGAUCAGUGGUAGAGAGGUGCUUAGGGAUGAGAGCAGUGAAAGAAGACGUCAUUACGAUUGGACAUCCGAGUGGGAAGAUACAAGUUGAUGCGAAGAUGGGCGAGACAGGGGAAGUAGAGAGCGCCUCAGUUGUACGGACGGCGAGGCGGAUCAUGGAGGGAAUGGUAUUUUGGAAUGCAUAAGUAGCAGGUUCUGGUCUUGUGGUUGCUUACAGAGCAAGGAUAUCGAUGGUCGCGAUUGUAGGCACAAACCAGAGGGCUUGAGUUCGUGAGCUCAGUCAUAGGAAUACUUACAAGACUGGGGGUGAUUUUCAAUAUGGACACCAAUUACCUGGAUGAGGUAUGCAUGGGGUUCUCGACAAGGACACUCGAAGGCAAGCGCCACAUGGGGAAUGGUAUUGCUUAAAGAUAGGACGGAUAGUAUGGCAUGAGAGUUCAUCAAUAAUACAGGACGUGAAUUUAGUCCAGCGGUAGUUGCAGCAUGUCGCAUGAGGAGGAUUCCAGACGCAUGCCAAGCAAUAACCCAUCGUCACGAAUGGCAAAUCAUCUGAAGCCGACUCCACGACCUGCACGUACAUCCUCAUAGAGUGCGGGUAUUCUUAUCGAUGAUAGUCGGAUUCUUUUGCGCAUGCUGUUGAACGAAUAGAGGCUACAAGCUCUUCUGUAGCCAAGCAAAUGGCAAAUUGCGGAAGCAGACGCAUGAAACUGUUGAAGGUACUAAGUUGAGGGAGCAUGAAGCACUGACUGAACUGUCAGCGAGAUGAGUGUUAUACGUGAG